AUGGCCAACUGCAACGAGCGCAAUAUAUACUUCGGCCCGGACUCGCUGAAGAAGUACUUCGAUCCGGAUAGCCAGCCACCGUUGCCUCUUGUGGAGUUGCCGGAGCAUCUGAAUCCUUACUAUCAUCAUGGUGUUCGGAUUUACGCUAAGAUGAUGACUAUGCAUCCGGCAAACAAUGUCAAGGCCAUGCCAGCGAUGAACAUGCUCGAGUCGAGCGUGGAACCCAAGACAAAUACAAUCAUCGAGUACAGCUCGGGAUCCACGGUGAUUUCGAUGUCCAUGGUUGCGCGGGUCAUGCACGGUGUGCAGGACACGCGGGCGUUCCUAAGCAACAAGACCAGCGACGCCAAGUUGAAGUUGAUGCAGUUCUUCGGUCUCGACAUCACCCUCUUCGGAGGUCCCUCACAGCCCGAGCCUCUUGACACCCGCGGCGGGAUACAAAAUGCUCACAGAAUGGCUGCGGAAUCAGACGACAUCGUCAACCCCAAUCAAUACGAGAACGACCUCAACUGGCAGUCGCACGUCCGCUGGACCGGUCCGCAGAUCUUCAAGCAGCUGCCCGAGAUCAAUGUACUCUGUGCCGGCAUGGGCACCUCCGGUACCAUGACCGGAUUGGGAACGUACUUCAAGAGCGUCAAGCCAUCGGUGGUGAGGCUUGGAGUCUGCACUGCCCCCGGAGACCGUGUACCUGGACCCCGGUCAUUUGCACUCUUGCGGCCGGUUGACUUCCCCUGGAAAGAAGCUGUGGAUACUAUCGAAGAGGUGGGCUCUGAACGGUCGUACACCUUGUCCUUGCAGUUGUGUCGAGAGGGACUGGUAUGUGGCCCAUCAUCCGGAUUCAACCUUCAAGGUCUCUUUCAGAUGCUGGAGAAGCGGAAGGAUGCCGGCACGCUAGGUGAUUUGGCAGGCCCGGAUGGGCUGACGCACUGCGUCUUCUUGUGCUGCGACCUGCCGUACCAGUACAUCGGGGAGUAUUUCCAGAAGCUGGGUCCCACGAAGUUUCCCCCGAUCCGCAAUGAGCGGUUGACAAAAGUGGAUCUACACCGAUACGACGAGGCGUGGGAGCGGGACGCGUUAGAGGUUUUCCCACUCGUGUACGGAUCGCCACGGUCCCGGGAGGAAAGCCUGCUCAGCGAGAUCAGUCUCAAGCCUCAGCAACGGGUCAUCGAUCUCCGGCGAGCAUGUGACUUCCGCGCAUGGAAACUCCCAGAGUCGAUCAACCUCCCGCUGACCAGUUUGGGGCCACACACGGCAUCACCGUUUUCGGACCCGGCCGUGCUGGAGGCACAGUGGGUGGAGCUGGAGAAGAUCUUCAGUGACGGCAAAUUGGUGACGGAUCUUGGAAAAAAUCACGUUCUGGUGGUGUGCUAUGAUGGAGACACGGCACGCGUGGCUACCAGCGUGCUGCGGGCUAAGGGCUUCGAGGCAGACAGUGUGCGGGGAGGGCACAGCGCCAUGAAGGCGUACGGUAUCGGAAGCGAAGCCCCGAUGGCUUCUACCAAGUUUCCCAUUGCGGCGGCGGUGGCUGUCUCUGCCGUCCCCCUCGAUUGA